UCACAGACUAGGUGUGGUGUUUACCGGGGAAAGUGCACAGUUUUUUUUUUUUGACCCACCUAUUAGUUUGCAUGGAAGUUAUAUUUGAUAUGCGAGUGAACUAUUUUCACCACCGUGGAUAGAUAGAGCUGAUGGACAAAUAAAUUCACCGAAGUUUGGAAUCGUGAAUUAUUUUACCGACAUGCUAUACAAAGGAGAGCCGUCACUUAUAGGCAACUACUGAGAGGCUCAAGGGCUGCCAGUGUUACCCUUUUUUGUAAAGGAGGACUUUGAACACACACAUAAAACUCGACUAAUUCGCCGAGGAAUUCCAACAACCCAAAGAAGGAGGAGAGCUGACAGGGCCCCUCACAUCAGAGAGAGGGGAGACGAGAAGGACCUUUGAAGAAAAACGUGGACACUUGCAUGCUCUUGGAGUCCGUUUGCUCGUCAUUUUGCCUCACUUUAUCUUCUGCGUUUGAUUGAUUGAGGUAUAGAAUCAAGGACCGAGACACUGAAAAAGAAAAUGUGGAAAGCAGUAGUGUGUGUGUGCCUGCUGCUGAACGUAGCUGAGGAGCUGAAUGCGGCCGGAGAUGAGGCGAGCCGACCUGCUGCAGAAAACACCGGACCCGAAACGAAGGCCAGAGGAAGCCUUGCUGAGAGUCCAAGUGGUUCUUUCUUUGGUCAUUUGCUGGUGAUACCGAUGGAUGGCAGUCACUGGAUGGGUAUGAAGGCCAUUGCUGAAGAAAUAGGUCGUCGUGGACACCAGGUCACUGUGGUGAUCCCUGAGGUCAGCAUGCGGAUGGGCCCUGGUAAACACUACAAAACUCUGACUUUUCCUGUCCCUUAUGGCAAGAAAGAGAUCGAUUCAAUGUUGUCCAUGCACAUGGAAGUACUACGCCAAUCUACACAGUCUUUCAUGGAGAAAAUAAACAGCCGAUUUUCACAAAUAAAGAACAUCACAAGCUUCAUCCAUACCACUGCUGAAAGCCUGCUGUUCAACGCCAGUGUCAUCUCACAUCUAUCACAGCAGCACUUUGAUGCCGUCUUGACAGACCCAUUGGUGCCCACGGGCUCAUUAAUAGCUAGGAAGUUAGGUCUUCCCAUCGUCAAUUUGCUGAGAGGGAUUCCAUGUGCCUUGGACACCAAGUCUGCAGCCUGCCCCGCCCCUCCCUCCUAUGUCCCUCGCUUCUUCACCAAAUUCACAGAUAAAAUGAACUUCUGGCAAAGAGUAAUCAACACUUUGAUGAGUUUAUUGGAGCCACUGCUAUGCCGGCUGUUGUAUUGGCACUUCGACCAAAUAGCUUAUCAGUUCCUGGGAGAGGAGGUGGGUGUCGCUGAAGUGCUGUCCGAGUCUGCUAUCUGGCUGCUCAGGACUGACACCAUACUAGACUUCCCUCGCCCCCUCAUGCCUAAUAUGGUGUUUGUGGGCGGCAUCAGCUGCAACAUCAGAAACCCCCUGCCACAGGAUCUGGAGUCCUGGGUGUCAGGAGAGCACGGCUUUGUGGUGUUCACCCUGGGCUCUAUGGUGUCUGUUCUGCCUGAAGAAAUAGCCGCUGUCUUCCUCGAGGCCUUCAGACAGAUUCCACAGAAGGUUAUAUGGAGAUACACAGGGCCAGUUCCUGACGAUGUCCCAGAAAAUGUGAAGAUGAUGAAAUGGGUACCACAGAAUGAACUACUAGCACAUCAUGGAGUUCGGGCUUUCAUCACUCAUGCUGGGUCACAUGGUCUAUAUGAGGGCUUGUGUCAUGCUGUUCCCAUGGUGAUGAUGCCACUUAAUGGAGACCAGUCUGACAACGCUCAUCGGAUGGCAAGCAGGGGAGUGGGUGUUGUCUUGGACAUGUCUACCAUCACCGUGGAAACCCUCCUUCAGGGACUAAAUGAUGUCAUCAAUAACAGCAGGUAUAAAGAGAGUGUGGAGAAGCUUUCAGCUCUUCAUAAAGACCGGCCCUUCGACCCCCUCGAGCUCUCCGUGUACUGGACAGAGUUUGUGAUGCGGCACAAAGGGGCGACACAUCUGAGAGCUGCUGCUCAUGACCUCAACUGGGUCCAGUACCACUGCCUGGAUGUACUGGCACUGCUGGCUACUGUGGUCCUGCUCGUUGUCAUGGUGACCAUGAGAUGCAUGAGACUGUGCCUUAGGAAGCUGAGCAGGAAGAGGAAGCAGGACUAAUCUGAAGGCAGGAAGAGCAACUGAUUAUCAAAAGCAGAUCUACAAAAGUCAGCCAUAACAGACUUUGUGAAGGGAUAUAAAAGAUAAAGCUUACUAUUAAAACACACCUUCAAAAUGAAUCAGUAUCAUCCAUUGAUAUGAGACUGUGUAGUCCAAUGCCAGUCUGUGUCAACAUUGGAGACAGAGGCCAUUGGCUGCAAACCAGAAUAUCGUUCAUCUCCAACCAACCUAUAAUACUCUCAACAGCUGAUUCUUGUCCUAUGCAACCUUGACUGACCUCAUGCCUCAUAUGGAAGGGCAGAUAAUGUAAUGGGGGCUGUGUGGAUUUGACAGAGCCUAAAUGGUCCAUGCUUCAUUAUGGUCUCUUCCCUCAUACGUAAGGAUAAAAGAAACGGCUAUUUUUAAAGCCCUUGACACACAAAUCCAUCCACCAGUCGGUUGUGAGGUCUCAUCAGCAGCUUACAGGCCAGUUCAGUAUGUUGAACUGGCAGAGGGGGCCGAUGGGGAAGAGCUUUCUGAUUGACUUCAGCUGAAGAGAAUCAGGGCACGCAAAACAAACAAACAAACAAAAAAAAUAAACAAAUCAAAAAAAUCCAGUAGUGUU